GGGCUAUAUUCUAGGUAUUAAAACAUUGAUGAGUUACCCAGGCUAUAUUCUAGGUAUUAAAACAUUGAUGUGUUACCUGGGCUAUAUUCUAGGUAUUAAGACAUUGAUGUGUUACCUGGGCUAUAUUCUAGGUAUUAAAACAUUGAUAUGUUACCCGGGCUAUAUUCUAGGUAUUAAAACAUUGAUGUGUUACCUGGACCGCUAUAUUCUAGGUAUUAACACAUUGAUAUGUUACCAAGGCUAUAUUCUAGGAAUUAAAACAUUGAUGAGUUACCUGGGCUAUAUUCUAGGUAUUAAAACAUUGAUGAGUUACCUGGGCUAUAUUCUAGGUAUUAAAACAUUGAUGUGUUACCUGGGCUAUAUUCUAGGUAUUAAAACAUUGAUUUGUUACCUGGGCUAUAUUCUAGGUAUUAAGACAUUGAUGUGUUACCUGGGCUAUAUUCUAGGUAUUAAAACAUUGAUAUGUUACCUGGGCUAUAUUCUAGGUAUUAAAACAUUGAUGUGUUACCUGGGCUAUAUUCUAGGUAUUAAAACAUUGAUGUGUUACCUGGGCUAUAUUCUAGGUAUUAAAACAUUGAUGUGUUACCUGGGCUAUAUUCUAGGAAUUAAAACAUUGAUGAGUUACCUGGGCUAUAUUCUAGGUAUUAAAACAUUGAUGUGUAACCUGGGCUAUAUUCUAGGUAUUAAAACAUUGAUGUGUUACCCGGGCUAUAUUCUAGGUAUUAAAACAUUGAUGUGUUACCUGGGCUAUACUCUAGGUAUUAAAACAUCGAUGUGUUACCCGGGCUACAUUCUAGGUAUUAAAACAUUGAUGAGUUACCCGGGCUAUAUUCUAGGUAUUAAAACAUUGAUGUGUUACCUGGGCUAUAUUCUAGGUAUUAAAACAUUGAUGUGUUACCUGGGCUAUAUUCUAGGUAUUAAAACAUUGAUAUGUUACCUGGCCUAUAUUCUAGGUAUUAAAAC